GCUGUGCGGCGCUGACAGCAGAGCCGAGCCGACACUCAAGAUGGCAGGUCUAUCUUUAUACUUUGAAGAUAGCCAUGAUGAUUUGGAUGAUUUUGGAUUUGAUGACUACGGUUCGGAGUGUGAUGGCAUUCGCAUCACAGCCUUUCUCGAUGCGGGACAAGACAACCUAACGCCUCUUGGGAGGCUAGAGAAGUAUGCCUUCAGUGAAAAUGUCUUCAACAGGCAGAUCGUGGCUCGCGGCCUGCUUGACGUGCUUCGAGAAUUCAGUGACAAUGAAAAUGACUUUAUCAGUGUCAUGGAGACUGUUGCCAGAAUGUCGGAAGAUGGAGAGCCCACAGUGCGAGCUGAACUGAUGGAGCAGGUUCCUAAUAUUGCAAUGUUUUUGCACGAGAGUCGGCCUAACUUCCCAGCUGCUUUUUCAAGAUACUUGGUUCCAAUUGUGGUCCGAUAUCUCACUGAUCCAAAUAAUCAGGUGCGGAAGACAAGUCAGGCAGCGCUGCUUGUUCUGUUAGAGCAAGGCGUAAUUUCUAAAGCCGACAUGGAGACCAAAGUUUGUCCAGUUCUGAUCGACCUGACGGAGCCCAGUAGUGACGAUGACUACAAAAUUGAAGCAGUUGCUAUCAUGUGUAAAGUUGUGACCAUGUUAAGCAAAGACACAGUGGAGCAUUUAUUGUUGCCACGUUUCUGUGACUUGUGCAGCGAUGCCAGACUCUUUCAAGUGCGCAAGGUGUGUGCAGCUAAUUUUGGAGAAUAUUGCUCUAUUGUUGGUCAGGAGGCCACAGAAAAACUACUGAUGCCCAAGUUCUUUGAUCUGUGCUCAGACAGUCUUUGGGGCAUCAGGAAAGCUUGUGCCGAGUGCUUCAUGAUGGUGUCCAAUUCCACCUCUCCAGAAGUGCGACGCUCAGAAUUGUCCCCCCUUUUUAUCCACCUCAUUAGUGACCAGUCCCGCUGGGUGCGACAGGCUGCCUUUCAGUCUCUGGGGAGAUUCAUCUCCACUUUUGCAAACCCCUCCAGCACAGGCCUUCAUUUUAGAGAUGACGGUGCCCUUCCAGAGGUUGCCCGGUGUACGUCAGACAGCAACUGCUCCCUUAACUCUCUGAACUGCACCGACAUUAGCAGCAGCCACACAGACAGAACCAUCACCCACACGCCUCCUAACCAGGAUGGCCGUGCCACACCAUCACCAGAGCAUGUGUCAACAGCCGACUGCGACGAUUUGCACAACUAUGAUGACAACCACACUUCUGUUCUCGAACAGACACAUGACGGUGUCAUCCUAACAACUAGCAGUGGCCGUCCUAUAAGUACAGGCAACCGCAAGAUCACUAAAGAAACAGAGCAGACAGACGAGAACUUUAAUUCUUUCCACUAUUGGAGAUCUCCCUUACCAGACAUCAGCGGGGAACUGGACAUGCUGAACUCUCAAACCUCGGCGGAAGUGACAGAGACGGAUCAAAAAGAGGCAGAAGAAGAGGAACAAGAAGAGCAUCGUCCCGAUUCCAGAUCUAGCCACGGCAAAGCUACCAGUGAUCAGAUCCAGAAGGUUUUAGAUUGUUUGCAACCUCACAUAGCAGAUCCAGAUGUACAAGCUCAAGUCCAAGUGCUGUCAGCAGCUCUGAAGGCAGCACAACUCGACAGCCCAUCAGACGACAGCCCAACUGAACCACCGCCAGAACUGGAGCCUGACAAUGACACUGACGGCCCUUCGGAAGUGUGUAACUCGGUGGAAGUUCAGUCACAAAGCGAGGAGACUUUCACAGAAGAGGAAGAAACAGUGGAAACUCCUCCAGUCUCAGAGACGAGUCCUUUCCAGGAGCAAGGAGAUGAGGAAACACAAACGGAUCCCCUGGAGGACCAGGAAGAGUCUCCCAUCAGCUCUCUUGUUGUGGAGUCUGAUCUAAUUGAGAGUGUAGAGGAAGAGGGAAAGGAAGACUCUCCUCACAGCCCAAUGUAUGAGGAGAAGCCUAAGAUCCAGAAUGUCAUCCCCCAACAGCUCUUGGAUCAGUACCUCUCUAUGACGGACCCAUCCCGGGCCCAGUCAGUGGAUACAGAGAUAGCCAAACACUGUGCCUUCAGCCUGCCGGGGGUGGCGCUUACUCUUGGACGACAGAACUGGCAUUGUCUCAAGGAUACGUAUGAAACCCUCGCUAGUGAUGUGCAGUGGAAGGUGCGGCGCACAUUGGCGUUUUCCAUUCAUGAGCUGGCGGUCAUUCUGGGGGACCAGCUCACAGCUGCUGAUCUGGUGCCCAUCUUCAACGGAUUCCUCAAAGACCUGGACGAGGUUCGCAUCGGCGUGCUCAAACACCUGUACGACUUCCUGAAGCUGCUGCAUGCAGAGAAGAGGAGAGAGUAUCUGUACCAACUGCAGGAGUUCAUGGUGACAGACAACAGUCGCAACUGGAGAUUCAGAUACGAGCUGGCAGAGCAGCUGAUAUUGAUCAUCGAGCUCUACAGCCACUACGACGUGUAUGACUACCUCAGACAGAUAGCACUCACCCUCUGCUCUGACAAAGUCUCCGAGGUCAGGUGGAUCUCUUACAAGCUGGUGGUGGAGAUUCUCCAGAAGCUGUACGCCUGCGGGGCCGAUGACCUGGGCCUGAACUUCAUCAAUGAGCUCACUGUCAGGUUCUGCCACUGUCCCAAGUGGGUGGGGAGGCAGGCCUUUGCUUUCAUCUGCCAGGCGGUUGUGGAGGAGGACUGCAUGCCCAUGGAGCAGUUCAGCCAGCAUCUUCUGCCCAGCCUGCUCAGCCUCUCUUCAGACCCGGUGGCCAACGUCCGUGUUCUGGUGGCCAAGGCUCUACGUCAGAGUGUGAUGGAAAAAGCUUACUUCAAGGAGCCAGGCUGCGCCUACUCUGAUGAGCUGGAGGAGACUGUGAUGGCUCUGCAGUCGGACAAGGACAGGGACGUCCGGUUCUUUGCAAGCCUGGACCCAAACAAAGGCUUGAUGGACACGGCUCCUCUGAUCUAGCCUCCGCUCCCCGCCGCCCCCGUUACCACCCGCCUGCCUGUCUUGCCUACCUGUCUGCCUGACUGAUGCACAGUCAGCACAACCUCCAACACCAGCACCAGUUUUCCAACCACUCGCUCGCUGGACAGAUAGGACCCACUUGGAGAACCACGUCAGCUGUCCAGACUGCGAAAGUA